CGGAAACUCAAAGCCGAAGAACUUCCUGUCCAACAAGUCAAGUCAGCGAGUUGGGGCAAGGUUGGAGGAAGUGCCAGGUCAAAGAAGAAGAAGAUCAAGCUGAGUUGUGAGAACUCUGAAAUCCUGCAUUACCAUAAUCAAGCAUAAGGUAUGUCGUUAAGUAUAGAUUCAGAAGAUGGAAGAUCCCAGCUGCAGCUCUGGACAACAUAUAGCAAAACACACUGGUGGUAAAACCUACUUGUUUGGGGAUUGCUGUUACAGGACAGCUCAAAUAUCAACCUUAUCCAAUAGCAUACAGAUGAGACCUCAUACAGAAGAAAAUCCCCACGAGUGUGACGAGUGUGACUAUUCUGCAGCAUGGAAGACUGCUUUGGACCAACAUCAAGCAAAACAUACUGGAGAGAAACCCUAUGUGUGUGAGACGUGUGGAUACAAGACGGCUCACAAGUAUAAAUUAUCCCGGCACUUGAGAACCCACACAGGGGAAAAACCCUACAUGUGUGGGGAGUGUGGGUACAGGGCAGCUCUCAAGUCUACAUUAUCCCGGCACUUGAGAACCCACACAGGGGAAAAACCAUACAAGUGUGGGGAGUGUGGGUACAAGGCAACUAGACAGUUUACCAUAUCCCAGCACAUGAGGACUCACACAGGGGAAAAACCCUACAAGUGUGAACUGUGUGACUAUUCUGCUGUGAAUAGAUCUACUUUAGAUUACCAUCUAAAAGCUAAACACAAUGGAGAGAAACCCUACAUGUGUGGCGAGUGUGGCUACAGGACAGCUCACAGGCCAAACUUAUCGAAGCACAUAAGAACUCAUACAGGUGAAAAACCCUUCAAAUGUGACCAGUGUGACUAUUCGGCUGUGAGUAAAUCUAACUUAGAGAACCAUCUAAAAACAAAACACACUACAGUAAAACCCUCCAUAUGUGGGGAGUGUGGAUACAGGACAGCUAUAAAGUCUCACCUUACUCAGCACAUGAGAACCCACACAGGGGAAAAACCUUACACGUGUGACCAGUGUGACUAUUCUGCAGCAAGGAAAUCCAGUCUGAACCGUCACCAUCAAGCUAAACACAGCGGAGAAAACUUACAAACACAGGUACAAGAAAGCUAUAUCCUUCCUUAACAUACGAGAACAACAGAAAGCGUUAAACUAUCCAGAGAAACACAUCAGCAAGUGUGGACCAUACAGUCAUGUUCUAUUAUAAAGAGAUGUACUUCUGAGAUACAGUUGGUCAAAAGGUACAUAUUAUGAAGAGAUGUAGUUCUGAGAUACAGUUGGCCAAAGGGUUUUGAACUGAAAUAGUGGUUGUGCAAAUUGUGCCAACCUGUAUCCGGGA